GCCAGUUCAGACUCGACCGCCGUUCAGGGAGGAUCGUUCAGCGCGACACUUUCCGACGAAUCCCCGAGUGUUGCCGCGUAGUGUGGUAUCAUCCCCCCCCCCCUCAAGACGGAAGUGUUUUAGCACGUAACUCUCAGCGAGAAAGGGAGUCCUCUUCUUGUGCAUCGAGACGCGAAAGUGUUGAGACGUCAUCUCGUCCGCGUGUAUAUAUAUAUAUUAUCGUUUCGUCAUCCGCGCUCUCGAGGAUCGACGGGGGAAGUGUGAGGAUAAACGCGGAAGAAAGGCGCGCGUUUCGAGAGGAAGGCAGAGGUAGAACGCGCGCGAGAGGGGAAGACGCGGAGGUAGAAUGCGCGCGGACCUCCGCUCGUAGGGCUCUCCUUUCCCGAGGGACAGAGGAAAAAGCGCGUAAACAUGACCGCGUGAGACCGCAGAUUUCCCUCUCGACGGCGAAACCCUCCGGUGACGGAGACGCGCGCAAUGGAUCGCGACGUUACCGCGUGCAGGCGGUAGUACUCGUAAACCGGGGGUGCUUCGGAGUAUCUACGCGGGAGAGAGGAUAUUGUCGGAGGGUUGCACUUUCUCUUUCUCUCUCUCUCUCUCUUUCUCUCUCUCACUCUCACUCUCUUCGGUUCCCCCGCGUUCGCCGUGGAACUCCCGUGCGUCGCUUAUGAUGGAUAUAAUUCCGAAUGAAUUGCUCGUGCAGAAUGGAUUGCCGAUCAACACCGUGGAGAUACCGACCACCUAUCACUCGUCCUUCUACUCCCCACCGGUUACAGAAGCCUCUCGAUCUGGUUACGAUUCUAGCAGCGGCGGAGAAUCUGACAACGAGUACAGCACGUUAGUUAGCCAAGCAGUUAAUCAAGCACAAAAUCAAGCGGAAAAUCAAGUUCCCAUUACUGUCACAAAUUACGGACAAGGGAAACACAUAAAUAAAGGACGAUGGACCAAAGAAGAAGACGCUUUAUUGAAGCAACUAGUAAGCGGCGCGGAACAACUCGGCACUGGUUUGCGAUGGGACAUUAUAGCCAGCCAGUUUCCAGAUCGGAGCGACGUGCAGUGCCAACAGAGGUGGGCGAAGGUCGUGAACCCGGAGCUGGUCAAGGGUCCGUGGACGAAGGAGGAAGAUAACAAAGUGGUUGAACUUGUACAAAAAUAUGGUCCGAAAAAGUGGACGUUAAUAGCGCGGCAUCUUAAAGGCCGAAUUGGCAAACAGUGCCGAGAACGAUGGCACAACCAUUUGAAUCCGGGGAUAAAGAAAAGUGCGUGGACGGAGGCUGAAGAUAAAAUAAUUGUCGAAGCUCAUCGUAGAGUCGGUAAUCAAUGGGCCAAGAUCGCCAAACUCUUACCAGGCAGAACUGAUAAUGCGAUCAAGAAUCAUUGGAACAGCACGAUGAGACGGAAAUAUGAAGGUGAUGAAGGCAGAAUUACGACUAAAGGCAGAGGGAAGAGAAAAAGUACACAAAGCAUUACCGAUACACUUCUUCUGGAAGAUGACCAGAAUCAGAUGAAGGUUGCCUCAACUAGCGGCAAUAGUUCGACGAUAGCGGCGAAUAACUCGCAAACUCUUAACAUCCAGCAAUUGGAUUGGGUCAGAGGCUGGGAACAAACUCUAGGGGGAUACCAGGAUGCGCUGCAACUAAAUAGACAUACGCAGGACAGCGAAAAAUGCGCGUUUCCGUCCAAGAGAUCGUCGCGAGCGAAAAUCGAAACAGUCUCGUCGUUACCUAAAUAUUUCAAUCUGCAACAAAUACAAAACGAAACUGGUUCGAAGAGUUCAGAUAUAAAAUUGAUACCAAUGCCGGACUUGGAGGAUAUACCUGAGCAGCAUGUGGAAAAGAAGAGCAGUCCGCCACCUAUAUUACGUAGACGUAAAAACGCGCACAGUUUGCUACAGAGGAUAGACAUUUCCGACAAUGCGAAUCAGUCGGAUUACAUCAUAACGGGUCAACAAGUGCAAACGGGAAACAUUACUCCUUCGACUCCUAUCAAGCAACUUCCAUUCAGUCCUUCGCAAUUCCUGAAUAGUCUCAGUCCGGAGACAUCCUGGCCACGCGCGAGUACCCCUAAAGCGAGCAGUCCUGGUCCGCUUACAACACCGCAGCCUACCGGUUUCCGACGAAGUCAAAAUGACGGUAAUACACCAAGAACACCGACGCCAUUUAAAAACGCUUUGGCCGAGCUCGAGCGACGAACCGGAGCGGCACAGUUGCCUGCUACUCCUAGUCGUCUGGAUGCUCUGACCGAGAUAAUAAAACAGGAGACCGACCGCGAGAGUCUAGUUGGAACGAGUGCGAUUCAUGAGCAAGACUCAGGUUAUAGUAGCAUGAUACGAAGACGCGGUAAAGAGAACAGUGCACCAGGAGGAAAGCGCGCGCGCAAGGCUCUUUCUCAAGCUUGGGCACAGGACAGCUCCGACAUGAGUUUUCUUGUGGAGACGCCAAGUAAAAGUUUGGAUGCUUCUACGUUAUUUUCGCCUGCAUCUAUGGCGCUGGAAGAUAGUUUCUUGACAGCAGGAACUAGUCCCACAAAGACUCCCCACGACUUUAUGUCCGUACAACGGAAGCCGAAUGCCAAGAGAGCGAUCACAUUCGACGCAUUCGACUGUAUCGUCAGCCCUCUGCCUCUCAGGCCGGUGAAACGCAUCAAGGCACAAUUGGAAGCGCAAUGGGUAACGGUGGCAUGCGGUCGUACUCGCGAUCAACUUGAGAUGACUCGUGCCGCCCGACGUUUUCUGAGUAGUCACGGAUACCUGCCGUUGCGCCCGCGUUCUCUGAAUUUCUGAGAAAAAGGAAAACAGAAAAAAAGAGUGUAAAAAAAAGCGAAAAACCGGCGCUCGGUCGCACUUUGUGGUACAAAAGAAGGAAUGUUAUUAAACUAGUCGUAUAGAUGAAGAUAUAGCACUUCCGUUUCAGGAACGCGCAAUCAGUAUCGGUUAUUUUACGCGUCAUGAAUUCGAGAGGUGAAUUAAACAACGAAUUCGAUGAUUGACCUCGAUGUGCAUGGAUUAACUUUGCAUUACGCAGAAAAAGAAUAAAUCUUGAAAUA